CGCUGCCGCGGCGUCCGGCGAGCUGCUGCCUGCCGCCGUCCCGGCCUGGGUUGAUGACAAUUAGAAGCAUGCUUUCCGCUGAACUUCCUUGGAUACCAUUUGUUAUGCAGAAUGUCGCUGAGUGAGAACUCAGUUUUUGCCUAUGAGUCUUCUGUGCACAGCACCAACGUCUUGCUCAGCCUCAAUGACCAGAGGAAGAAAAACGUGCUGUGCGACGUCACUGUCUUCGUGGAGGGCCAGCGAUUCCGCGCCCACCGGUCCGUGCUGGCGGCAUGCAGCAGCUACUUCCACUCGAGAAUCGUAGGCCAGGCUGAUGUGGAGCUUAACAUUACUCUACCAGAAGAGGUGACAGUUAAAGGAUUUGAACCUUUAAUUCAGUUUGCCUACACUGCUAAACUGAUUUUAAGUAAAGACAAUGUGGAUGAAGUGUGCAAGUGUGUGGAAUUUUUAAGUGUGCAUAAUAUUGAGGAAUCCUGCUUUCAGUUUCUCAAAUUUAAGUUUUUGGACUCCACUGCAGACCAGCCAGAAUGCCCAAGAAAAAAAUGCUUUCCGUCACACUGUCAGAAAACAGACCUUAAAUUUUCACUUUUGGACCAGAGGGAUCUAGAAAUUGAUGAAGUGGAGGAAUUUCUGGAAAACAAAAAUGUUCAGACUCCUCAGUGUAAACUACGCAGGUCUCAAGGAAAUGCAAAAGCAUCGCCUCCUCUACAAGACAGUGCCAGUCAAACAUAUGAAUCCAUGUGCUUAGAAAAGGACGCUGCUCUAGCUUUGCCAUCUUUAUGCCCCAAAUACAGAAAAUUCCAGAAAGCAUUUGGAACUGACAGAGUCCGCACUGUGGAAUCCACUGUCAAAGAUGCUCAUGCUUCUGUGCAGCCAAAUGAGACAUCUGAAAGUGAAUGCCUGGAAGGGGCCCAGGAGUGUGCAGAUUUGCAGGUGGUUUUAAAAUGCGAAGAAAGUAAAUUGGCAAUGGAACCUGAAGAAACAAAGAAGAAAGAUCCUGCUUCUCACUGCCCAACUGAAAAACCAGAAGUGACUCCUUUCCCCUACAGUUCUUCCACAGACCCUCAUGGACUGUAUUCUCUGUCUCUUUUACACACAUAUGACCAAUAUGGUGACUUUACUGGUAUGCAAAACACAACAGUGUUGACAGAAAAGCCUUUGUCAGGCACAGAUGUUCAAGAAGAUAAAACGUUUGGUGACAGUCAAGGUUUACAUCUGAAAUCUGACUCGGGCCCCAGGGAAGACAGUAGCCUUGCCUCGAGCGAUCGGAGUAGUGUGGAACGCGAAGUGGCAGAACACCUCGCAAAAGGCUUCUGGAGUGACAUUUGCAGCACGGAGUCUCCUUGCCAAACACAGUUGUCACCUGCUGUGGCCAAAGAUGGCUCAGAACAGAUCUACUCACAGAAACGGUCAGAGUGUCCCUGGUUAGGGAUCAGGAUCAGUGAGAGCCCAGAGCCAGGUCAGAGGACUUUUACAACGUUGAGUUCUGUCAACUGCCCUUUUAUAAGUACUCUGAGUACCGAAGGCUGUUCAGGCAGUUUGGAGAUUGGAAACGAUGAUUAUGUUUCAGGACCCCCGCAGGAACCUUGUCCGUAUGCUUGUGUAAUUAGCUUGGGAGAUGACUCUGAGACGGACACAGAGGGAGACAGCGAGUCCUGUUCAGCCAGAGAACAAGAAUGUGAGGUAAAACUGCCAUUCAAUGCACAACGGAUAAUUUCACUCUCUCGAAACGAUUUUCAGUCCUUGUUGAAAAUGCACAAGCUGACUCCAGAACAACUGGAUUGUAUCCAUGAUAUUCGAAGAAGAAGUAAAAACAGAAUUGCUGCACAGCGCUGUCGCAAGAGAAAACUUGACUGCAUACAGAACCUUGAAUCAGAAAUAGAGAAACUGCAAAAUGAAAAGGAGAGCUUGUUGAAGGAAAGAGACCACAUUUUGUCAACUCUGGGUGAGACAAAGCAGAAUCUAACUGGACUUUGUCAGCAAGUCUGUAAAGAAGCAGCUCUAAGUCAAGAACAAAUACAGAUACUCGCCAAGUACUCAGCCUCAGAUUGCCCACUUUCAUUUUUAAUUUCUGAAAAAGAAAAAAGUACUCCUGAUGGUAAAGUUGCUUUACCAUCAAUUUUUAGUCUGUCUAAUGGGCCUCCAGCUGUGCUGCCCCCCAGGGCGAGAGGAGACGGUGAGUCCAGCUGCGCGCAGAGGCAGGAGUCACAGCAGACGUCCACAGCCACCUCCGAGCAAGCUGGGCUUGGGCAACAGUGUCGUCAGAGUGGCGGGAUCUCAGAUUUCUGUCAGCAGAUGACUGAUAAAUGUACUACUGAUGAGUAAACUUGCAUUCACUUUCUUCACACCAUCUAAUUUUCUACUGAAGUUUUGGCAUUGUCUUGAAAGCUAAUAUUACCAUCUGUUGUUUAACAAUAUUGUUUUUUGCCCCAGUAGUUUGCCAUAAGGGAAUGUCUCUUAAGUCAACCCUGAUUUGUCCCUGAUUUCCACAAGAGACACAGAAGUGAUUUUGCCUCCUGGAUACUGAAAAAUCACAUGUGAAAAUGUAGCAAGGCUUCAAAACUCAUGGCUUAAAGAAUAAUAACUAUUAGUAAUAACUUCCCAAUAUUCAAGAUAGAUAUGAAAAUGAAAACUGCAACACAUCAAAUAGCAGUUAACAGCUCAAAACGUCAAGAAGUGGCCUGCAGAAGUUUAAUAAUCUGGCCUUUUAUUGCAAUAUACUGGUUUAUAGGAAAAUUUCUUCCCAAGCAAUGCUAAUAGAGUUCUAUUCUACAAAAAAAUGGGGUGUCAGCUACUGGGACUAUUUGUGUAGAGCUUCAGCGUGAAAAAUAGGUCACCUUGCCUGAAUCCUAGAGCUUUGCCCUUUGGCUCCUACUAAAAGCAGAGGUAGGCUGGACGUCACUGUGACUGCUAAACUACAUUGGGAAGAUCAGUAAAUGGGCAGGUGGUGGGGGCUUCUGCUCCUCCUCAGUAUGGACUCUAGAAAUUCUGGCUGCAUGAACAGUAGAUGAGAGUCACUUUUCCCUCUUUUUUUCUCUCUUCAGUCUGCUACAUUUGGGCCAAUCACGAACUUUCUAUUUCCUGAUGGUCUUGUCCCUUUGGAAGAAGAAAUAGGACUCAGGGUACAGUGGCAUGAGUGAAGGCACUGGCAGCAUUAUCUUAGGCCCCCAGAAUCCGGGAGAACUUACCGACACACGAGGCUGUUCACCCUUCCAGCGUAGGUCACCAAAGCCACAAAAGCCAGAAGUCAGGGGGAAACAAAAUUACCUACAUUCACCAGGACCGCAGUUCGUUUUUCAUCCUGUUUUUGAAGUCCUAUGGUUUACUUGUAAAAAGCAUUAUUAUAGAUAAAAAUGUAUCUAUAACAACUCUGCAGGUUUGUGAAAUAGGAUGAAACUCAACCUUGUUCUGUUGUGGGUUUGCGUUUGGAAACCAGGUUUAAUCCUUUCCCUCUUCCCCAAAUCUCGUAUGGUACGGCACAGCAAUCAUUUUGACUUGGGCAUUUAAAAAUCAGUCUUUGUGUUUAUUCGAUCCUGUUAUAAAAUAGAUGUGUAAUUUGAGCUCCUAUCCUGUAACAUUUUGCAAUGCUUUUAGCAUUCUGGAGUUAUAGGCUUGUAUGAGAGUCACAUGAAAGCUAUGGGUUUUCUCAGCAGUUAAAAAAAUGCAUAUAUUCACAUGAACAGAAACAUUUGCAGAACCCAGUUUUAAAGGGUACAAAGAAGUAGUUUAUAGUGCUGGAAUAAAAAGUACUUCAUUUCACCAGUUUCAGACACCUGAAAGAGAUACUUCUGUAGACUACAUCCUGAGCCUAGUGAGGGCCUGUC